AUGGCAAACUCUGAUCCUGGAUUUGACGUGACAAGAAAAAAGAAAGCACAACAAAUACUUGAUAACAGGAAAACCAAUAAACACAACACUUCACAUCAAACACCCAAAUUAGCGGGCGUUAUAUACUACUCUUCAAACACUGCUAUCAUCCGCCAAUGUGCGGAGGUUUGCCCUUCUGGGUUUGCCACACAAAAAAUGGUUUUCAUUAACGGAGUUAAAUAUGCUUGUGUGACGUGCAUAAAAGGACAUCGCUCCACUGCAUGUCACCACUCCGAUCGUCCCUUACAAGCAAUAAAACGUAAAGGUCGACCUAUAACACAAUGUGCUCAUUGCCGUGAACUUCGCAAAACGCAAAAAUUAGUUAAUGGAGGCUUGGGACAACAGUUUAAAAUAAUAGAAUUUAAUCAACAGCCACGACUACCAGCACAUCUUCAAAGUCAAAAUCAACAACAAAACUGUGAGGAUAAACAUUCUGUUGAAGCUCUUCUUAAUCCGUGUCAAUGCACAACAGGAGCCAAGUGCAUCUGUUGCCGACCAGUCGAGCAAGAAAUAAACGAAAUCAAUAUUUCCGUGGCAAAUAAUAUUUUGGACAACAACAAUAUUAAUAUUAAUUCAACUUCUACAACCCCUACGACCUCCGAUUUUUCUUUUUCUUCAACGGAUCAUCCAAUAAUGUAUAACCAAUUAGAUAAUUUUAAUAGAUUUUUUGCGACAACUGCUACUCCUCCGUCAAAUUCAACAACGCCUAUAACAGCGACAGCAACAACUGAUAUCACUGGAUCACCAUCUGUAGGCGAUCCUAUGUCUCUUAAUAGAUCAAAUAUCGGUCCUCUUGCCGGAGAAAUAAUAGGACAGAAUGCAAUAACCGUUGCUCAAUUUCCAGCACCAUCACCAUUUUGCGCCUCCACGUCUCAGCAGAUUAAUUCUCGAUUCUACAGUCCGAAAGUUACCGAUCAUAAUAAUAUUUCAUGGAACAGUGGCGGCUAUUUAAGUGAUGGUAGUGUAACGUCAUUAUCAGCGUUAUCGGAGUCAACAAUGUCCUAUCAACCGCGUAAUUUCUAUAAGCAUCGACGGAUUGCAUCUUAUCCGAGUUUAUCAUAUCCAUUACCGAAACUGGAAACGCAAAAUACUGUUGGUGGUGGUAUCGAUCUUGGCAGUGGUGGUUCUAUUAUUUCUGACGAACCACGAAAUUAUAAUUCAUAUCAUGACGAGAACGAGAAAUCAAUGACCGAUGAGAGUGGAGUUCUUGGCGAACAAUUUUGCCAUAGCUCUCCUAAUGAACUAGUUGAUAUGAUUUAUAGUUCUUUUCAGAAUAGUAAAUCAUCAUUACUAAAUGGAAGUUGUUGUGGUUCUGCGUCUGCUCCCUCUUUGUCAUUAUCAACUACAACUGCUGUAUCAGGUUCCGCCACUUCAUCUUCUAUAUGUCGAUGUGGUGCAAAUUGUAAAUGUCAAGGUUGUCAGACUCAUCCGAGAGGAAAGGACGCAGCUGUAGGAAAUAUUGACAGAGGAGUUCAAAUUGCACCAAACUUUCAAUCGCAAGUAAUAGAUUCACGAAAUGUCAAUAUGAAUAUGAGUAUUAAUGGCGGAGAUGAUGUAAGUUGCGGAGGAGGUAAUGGAAUGGGAAAUUGUUGUUCGUCUAGUUCACAAUCACUCCUUCAACCUAAACACACGAUCAUCGCUGAUGAGGACGGCGUAUUAUUAUGUGGUUGUGGAUGUCGUAAACCAAAUACUGAUUGUUCGGAUUGUAUAAAAAAUUUAUGCGAGGGUAUCUAUUUAAUUUUAUUAUAA